UUAAUCAAAUACAUUGACCAAUCAAAAUCAAAUGGAUUUAACAAAUGAUCAAAUGACCAAGUCAUUACAGAACACUGCCUCAAUGAGAUGUUAUGUGAUCAAAAUAUUUAUGUACUUGUUUUGGACAUUAAUGAAAGAGAGAAAAGAAAACAAAAACUCUGAUAUAAUUAAACAUAGGUCACCGGGUUUGAACAGCGGGAACAAAGAAAUCUUACCUCAUCAAGGCAAAUACGGGCUUCUACCUCAUACAAUGGUAGGAACCAUAAUUGUUAUCAGUUUAAUCAUUUCAAUAAAUUUGAUAGGUAAUAAAUAUGAACAAUAUCUUAUGUCAUAAUAAGUAACAAUAGCAGAUAAUAACAUUCGCAUGUUGUUGCUAAAGUCCGUUGAAGUCCGUUAAAGUCAUUGAAUUUCUAAAAAG